AUGGCGGCAGAUUCGUCGUUUCACUGCCCAGCAGACAGAAAAGACAUAUAUAAGUUUCCGGAGAGAGUAGUUCUGUGGGACGAGGAUGAGGCCGAAGAUAAACAAAUUAAACAAGUUGGAGCCUCAGCCUGCGGGGCUACUGCAGCGUUGAACUUGUUGGUAAGUAUAAAGCUUAAACUUCUACAAAAUAGAUGAAAUUAGCAAAAAUUUUUAAAAAAGAAACACUUUAUUAAAUUCACCUUAAGUUCAUAUAGGUUUAUCUAUUUUCCAAUCUCCGAGAGAAAAUCAAAACAGCCAAAAUGCAGAAAGAAGAAGAAGUAAAACCUUACGCAGUAUUAGCACGCACAUAUAGAUAGAUACAAAUUAUGUUAACACGUUGCAAACCACCAUGUUUUUUUAUUUUUAAUUUUGUAUCGGUCAAAUCGACGCUUCAACAUGCCCCCCCCGGGCAACCCCCCGGGCAUUUGACUUUUUUGAAAAUUUAUGUUCAAAUUCCCCCCUACCCGGGCCAAAAUGCCGUUCAAAUGCCCCACACUGGGGUCCAUUCAGGUGAUCAAAAUGCCCCCACCCCGGGGACAUUUCACAGGCACAAAAAUGACAGAAGGACGGCGGAAACGCCUUCGGUUGUCGAACAAAAUCUUUAUAAAUAUAAGUCUCGUGCAAAGGGGCGGAAAUCGCUGCUACAAGGUCAUCAUCAUCAUCAUCAUCUUUAUUUAAAAACACGGUAAAUACAUCAGGCAUUAACAAUUUAAUAUAAAGCUACAACUUAAAUACGAAACUAUGUAUACAGAUUAAUAUUCUAUAAUUUAAAAUAUUGCUAACUAUUAAGGAAAAGUAAACUAAAUUAAAGCCUGUUUUACAUGAAUGCCGUGUCGGAAUUAAUUAAGAAUCGUCGGAAAUUAGUCAGAGAUGUUGCUUGCCUAGCAGCUGAGGGUAGACUGUUCCAGAGGACUGCACCACUAUAGGCAAAGCUAUUUUUGUAAUGGUUAGUACGCGGCAAUGGUAUUGCAAGCUUAUUAUCAGAAUCGCGCAAAUUGUAAGAAGCAAUCACAUCACUCCGUUGAAUGAAUUUCGAGGACAAAUAAUUCGGUGCGAGGCCGUUUAAGGACUUGUAGACCAUCUCAGCCUUUAGUUUUUGACGUCGAGUCUCUAAAUUGUCCCAGCCUAAUUCUUUAAGCAGUUGGUUGUGUUACCCUUGUUUGAUGAGUCCACAAAUAAACCGUAAAACUUCUUUACACUUCACAUGCUUCACAUGUUUAUUUCGUUUCUUUUUCUCUCGUCCCUCGUUCAGCUCGCGCUCUCUUUUCUGAUAACCUGGAUGAAUACGUCAUACACAAGACUCGUUUCUGCUUCCGGUUGUUUUGUUUUUAGUACAAUCUCUACAUUUAACAUACAUCCCCUCCGAGGAAAAGUGUCGUCCCUGACACUUAAUGAAAAUGUGAAAGAAAAAUCACGACAGGAAACUAAAGAGAUAAUUCUCCUAAGGAAAUGCUACAAAACAGUCCACGUUUUCCGUACAAUAAAACUGACUUAAAGGAUCCUUUCUUCUUUGACUCAUUUCAUCUUCUACGUAGUUACAUUGGUACCAAUAAUCCAUAAAGGCUGCAGCCAUUCAGUGUUCUGGUAACAUUUCCUAUCCUGAGGGCUCACCCUCCUUAAAGUUCUACUUAUUUCUGACGGUGUCUUGAGCAAGAAAAAGAAAUCUAAGUGUUUUUUUUUUUUACAAAACGAAACUAGGGUUUUUUUUUGUCGAACAGCAGUCUUAGAAUGUAGGACUUGGCAUUUGCAUCUGUCCAUAGGUCACCGGAUAUAGUCCAUGGCAACCAACGUUCGCUGGGUAACUAAAGUUUGUUGGAGGCAUCCCCUGGUAGCCAAAGAUCAUUGGAUAAUGAAAUGAAGGAAACGGCUGCAUGGUCAUUGGUGGUAGGGGCUGCCAGGUAGCUGGUACACUUGUUUGCCACGCAAGAGGAGGACCUUGGGCAUAUGGAGUAGAUGGUAACGGUACACUGUCAUUAAUAAGUGAUUGCACAACAGCUGUAGCCUGGUACACUGGGUUUCCAAGGGUGUCAUAAGUCAAGACCGCUGGGGGACGUCUGUCACGCUGAGGUCUAGACUCUGCUAUAGAGGCGCCUUCCUGACUAGUGUUACCUGGGGUCGAUGGUCCUGCCUCAUUCUCACUCGCUGCAGGGAAGGGUGCUGUCUCCUCUACAGGGGGGUGAUGUUCCUGCUCUUCAUCUGCCGAGCAACCAUCUUCUCCCUCUCCUCUGUCUGAGACGGUCGCUGAUUCCCAAGCAAUAUCCUCGGAGACUGACUCUGCGGAAUGGUCAGUUUGUAGUUCAGGUUGCCGUUCAGGUUCGAAGUUCAACUCGUAAUGCUCACUUUCGUCGUCUGACGACUCUUCCACAAGUGUUGUAGGCGCGUGAUUUGUCUCUCUCCUAAUUUCUUUCCGAGACUUCUGUCUGUGAGGGGUCUUACUCGCAACAUCUACUGGUAGAUGGUUACAUGGCAGCAACAGGUUUCUGUGUAGAAUUCGUGUUCCACCAGGACCUGUCUCAGGUUUGACCUCAUAGACUGGACUGUCCUCACCUUUACGACUAAUCACCACGUGAAUUCGGUCUUCCCAGUGCGAGCGAAGUUUACCCGGGCCGCCCCGUUCGCUUAAAGUCCGCACAAGCACUCUAUCCCCGGGGUGCAACACUGAACUUCGGACAUGAUGAUCAUAGCGUUGUUUGGCUCUGUCGCUCCCUUCAUUUGCCCGUUUGCUUGCUAGUUCAUAAGCCUCUGACAUUGCCUUCUGCCACUGCGCUGCAUAUUGAGUAUGGCUGCCUUGGUUACCUGUCCUGUCAAUGCCAAAGAUCAGGUCGAUUGGCAGACGAGGGUGGCGGCCAAAUAGCAGAUAAAAAGGAGAGAAACCAGUGGCCUCGUUCUUCGUGCAAUUAUAUGCGUGUACGACUUGAUUAAGGUGAUCUGCCCAUCGUGAUUUCUGAGUCUCUGGUAGGGUGCGGAGCAUAUUCAACAAAGUGCGAUUGAAUCGUUCAACUUGUCCGUUCCCUUGUGGAUGAUAAGGGGUGGUGCGGGAGUGUCCCAUGCCGCACAACUUCUCAAGCUCUCGGUGAAGACGAUUUUCGAACUCUCCUCCCUGGUCAUGGUGAAUCUUUAAAGGAAAGCCGAAUCGAAGGACGAAAUCAUUGUAAAGUUUCUGAGCGACUGUUCUGGCUGACUUGUUCUUUGUAGCAUAAGCUUGCGCAUAGCGAGUAAAGUGGUCCAUCACAACAAGAAUAUAUUCGUACCCUCCACUGCUCUUCUCCAGAUGGAGAAAGUCGAUAGCAAUCAGUUCGAACGGUGCAGUAGUGGUGAUGGGUUGUAAUGGAGCCCUGAUCUUGAGAGUCGGAGGUUUACGUUUAACACAUUGACAGACAUGCCCAAUGUAGUGCUCAAUGUCGGUCUGCAUGUGUGGCCAAUAGAAGCGCUCUCUGGCUAGGUGUAAAGUGCGAUCCGCUCCGAGAUGACCCAUUUUCUCAUGCAACUGCUUAAGAAUCAGUGAGCGCAGUUUUUUUGGAAUGAGGAUUUGAGUACGACUUCUUGUGCACCGUUGGAGUAUCCCAUCCUUGUCAACUGACAGGCUAUUCCAUUCAUGAAGGAGCAGCUGCACAUCCCUUGGCUCUUUCUUUCUCUCGGCUGUCGUUGGGCGCAAUCCACACUGAAUCAACUCUCUUACUCGAUUGAUGACUGGAUCCUCAGUUUGUGCUUGUUUUACGUCAAGUUGCGGUACACUAGGUUUUCCUCCAUCAGACAUAUCUGAUUCGAGUGUAGCAGGGUCUCCUGAAAGAGCUGAGAUCCAAUUCACUGUUCCUUCCUCUUGAAGCUUUGCAGAACACACGACAGUCUGGAGGACUUCAUGCGGUAUAACCUCUGUGCACGACUCCAUAUAAGCAAUAUCAUCAAGCGCCAUUCGCGACAAUGUAUCAGCAUCAAUGUUCGCUUUUCUCGGUCGGUAGUGAAUUGUGAAAUUAAAAUCAGCCAAGUCACCUAUCCAGCGGAGGCCUGUCGCGUUAAGUUUAGCCGAGGACAGGACAUAAGUAAGCGGAUUAUUAUCUGUGUACACUUUGAAGCUUGGGGCGUAAUGAAGGUAAUCUCUAAACUGGUCACAGAUGGCCCACUUUAGUGCAAGGAACUCCAACUUUCCAGAAUGUAAGUGGUAAUUCUUCUCGGCAGGAGUCAAAGUGCGUGACCCAUAAGCAACAACGCGAAGGAUAUCAUUUUGGUGUUGGUACAGCACAGCACCAAGCCCAUCCUUAGAGGCAUCUGUAUGAAGGACAAACGGUUUCUCAAAGUUUGGGUAGGCCAUGACUGGAGCACACGUCAGACAAUCAAUAAGUUUAUCUAGUGCGGAUUGGUGAGAGCUGGUCCAGACAACUGGGUGCCUUGGCGGUAACUGUGAAGGGUUCUUCUUGCCUUGCCUUGGUUUUUCUCUCAUGGACCCUUCAGAAGGGGGAUCUGUUAUCUUGAUUAAAUCAUAGAUUGGUUUUGCAAUUUUUGAGAAGUUCUUUAUAUAUCGACGGUAGUAGUUUAAGAACCCCAUUAGUUUGCGCACUUCAUUAACUGUCUUGGGAGAUGAUUCCUUGAGAGAAAGCACUGGCUUGAUACUGGAGGGGUCUAGCUUGUAGCCCUCCUCAGACACCACGCGUCCAAGAAAUACAACUUCUUUUUUGAACAGUUUACACUUCCGCGGUUUCAGUUUAACUUCAUGCUCUCGCAGCCGACGCAGGACUUUACGUGUAUGUUCAACAUGUUCCUCAAAGGACGCACUGAAUAUGAUUAUAUCGUCCAGAUAGGGUAUACAAACAGUAUCCCGUAAGUCUCCUAGACAGUUCUCCAUAAAUCGUUGGAAAGCCCCUGGGGCUCGGGAGAGUCCGAAUGGGAUCCUCACCCAUUCGUAGAGACCCCAUGGAGUGAUAAAUGCUGUAUAAGGCUGACUUUUAGCGCUCAUGAAUCCUUGAUGGUAAGCUUUGCCCUGGUCUAGUACUGAAAACCAAGAGUUCCCACCGAGAUUAUCUAAAGUCUCUUGUAUCCUCGGUAUCGGAUGGCGAUCAGGUCGCGUUUUCUUGUUCAGUGCUCUGUAAUCCACGCAUAGCCGCAAACUUUGGUCCUUCUUUCUGACACAAACAACCGGUGAACUGUAAGACGAGGAGGACUUUCGGAUGAAAUCACGAUUUAACAAAUCUUCAAUAUAAGCCUUUACCUCUGGGUAUAGUGGUUUUGGCACUGCCACAUAGUUCUUCUGAACAGGGGUUUGAUCCUCAAGAUCCAAGUUUAACUCAAGGUCUCUAAUACAGCCAACAUCACUGUCAUCCCUUGCAAAUGAAUCUGUUUCCUCGGUAAGUAAUUUAAGUGCCACUUCCUUCUGAUGGGCAUUGAGACCACUUAGGUCUAUGUCCUUUAUGUGUGAUGAAGUACUCAAAGGUUCUUCAGCAUGUGGAGGUAUAAGCGGUGGGCCUCCGGCGUUUCCAGUACAUGUUGUAGCCUGAUCAGCAACUUUUGCUUCUGUACUCUCUUCAUCAGGUGUUUUCAUGUUCCCAUUAGAGUCCUUUAACCUAACUUCUACUGGUGUAACUGAUUGUACAAGUUGUAGUCGCCCGAGCAAGGUUCGUCCCGGGAGUCUGAUAUCAUGGUUGGUAUUGUUAACAAUGUCAAUUUCCACUUUACUUGAUUUCCCUUUCUUUACAGUCAACAAAGUCUCUGUAAUCUCCAACCCGCUAGGCCAUGGGUUAGACUCAUCCGGUUCAAACAGUACUGGAGUAGUUCUCUCUACAGGCCCUGUGUUUGCUCUGCAAGUCACACUUUGACUUUGUCUGGGAGGUAUAAUAGUAUCAUGCUUCAUGGUCUUGAUCAAGCAGAGAUCACUUUGAUUACGGCUUUGGAUAAAAUUCACUAAUGCUGAAGCAUUCUUGCUUUUUAACUCAGUAAAACUUGAAGUAAUUUCUUGAUGUAGCAUAGCAUCCUCACUACUGGUUUUAACAACCUCCUCAAUCACGUUAAAGCCGAUUAUUGGCGUGUCUAAUGAUUGGUCUGUAACAAGAAAGGGAACUGCCAAUUCCUCCUUAGACGACAACAGUCUAAAGUUAAGCUCCACCCAUCCUAUGUAUGGUAUCUCACCACCAUUGGCUGCGGUCAGGUUCAGUUCAGAAUUUAACAACUCUGAUAUGUUCUUAAUAGUGAUCCCAGGGAAAUUCCUUCUUACUAACUGGUCAGAUAUUAAGGACACCUGGGCCCCAGUGUCCCAAAGUACAUCUACCUUUUGGCCAUUGAUCUCCCCCUUAACAGUACACCUCUUUCCUACCAAUCCUACUACUGUGGCGUGCUGCUGUGGUGUUAGGUGACUGACAAAGGUGCUACUACUGGGAUCUGCAUUCUCUUGUUUUGCUUUGUUUGACAGGUACUCAAUCGCAUUACACAACACUUUGUGUUCCUGCCAGUGUUUCUUCUGACAAUUCCGGCUACAAUACUUCACUGCCUUGCACUUUGAACAUUGUAAGAACUUUGCCUUUUCUGACUGAACUUUCCGACAACCAUUACAUCGGGGGGACUUGUUACUACUGUUGUCGACUAUUCCGCGUCCCGCCGGAAUAGUCGUCGACCGUUUCCCUGUCGACUACCCCGGUUCUCGUUACGGUAACAUUCCCGAGCCACAUGCCCCGAGUCACCACAAGCAAAGCAAUGAUUACAUUCAUCUCCUCUUCCCCUCUGCUUGCAAUUCUGACAACCCCAACUAGUACGGUUUGGCUGAUAACCACGCCCACGGCCCCUGUAGGAUGGCCCACGCCAGUUAGAAUUUUCUGCUUGGCUCCCUCGACGAUUGACUUGAUCCUUGAGAUCAUUUAUCUCUGACUUGAUCUGACGGAUCUCUAGCAAAAGCUGCUGACCUCUAUCUGUAGUGGCAUUCUUAGCUCUUGCUUCUCUCUCGUCUUUGCCUACCUCACAUGUAUGAACUUUGGCAGACUUUUGGCGCUCACUAGCCAGCUUGGAACUCCUUUCUGCUUGUUGCGAGGCUAAUUCAUUCACCUGCCGCAUGAGCUCUUCAUCGGUGAGUCCCGAGGUGCGUAAGGUGGGUCUUAAGUUAGAUGCAAGGAUGUCAUCACGAAGACCAGUUUCAAAUGAUUUUACAAAGGUUUUCUGAAUCAGGGAGGCACCGUAAUUGAACUCGCAAUCUGACUCCUUACUUGCAAAAUUCACCUUGUUACGCAAGUCCAGCGCACGGAGAAGGAACUGUUGUGGGGAUUCACCACUACUGUGUUGGCACACGGUGGCCAAUUGCUGAUACACCUCUGAGGCUGUUUUCUCUCUAUAAUGGACACGAAGGAUCCUUCGUAGCUUAGCUAGUGAGAGGUCACUUAGAGUCUCAACAUAGCUCCGAAGACUACUGUGUGGAGAUAUGGCACGUAUCACUGCAUCCACAAUUUCAUUUUCUUGGUAAUCACGUUUUAGCCCUGAGUCUAUUUGAUGCAUUAAGGAAACAAAAGUUAGUUUCUCUGUUUGCCCUGGCUCGCCGAUCUGACCAGAAAUCUUAAAUUCGCGACGUAGCAAAGAUGAACUCGACUUUGUUUUCGCUAACUGACUCAAUAUAUCUUCCACUCCCUUUUCUUGUUUAGGUCCUCCGUCAGAAGAUUGUUUCUCCGUUUUUACUCCUGAAGCUGCUGGUUUUUGCUCUACCUCUUCGAGGGGCGGUACAGUGCCGGUCACAAAAGCAAGUAGCUGUUCGAGGCACGCUCGUGCUUCCUUUUCAUCGCCCGCCAUUUUGCUGUCGAAGGUUUUCGUAAUAAUUUUGAUUCUCUGCAUCUUACUUUUACCCGCAAGGUCAUCGUCGAUUCCCAAUAGUCCUAUCAUUUCAGCCAAACCCUUCUCAUCUUGUUCGAACAAUCGAGACUCUACUUGGAGUUGUAAUUGUUCCAUAAUUAAUUCUAACCGCGAAAGCUUAUUUCCAAACUGAACACAAGUAACCUAGCGCAAACGCUGUAAUUCCGGUGACAGUGAGCCGACAGAACAAAUCAACUCGCCCACUUUGCCGAACACAAAACAACUAGCGAAUGUACUCCACCGUCACAGAGCCCCAAUAUUGUAAAGUCCUACCGUACGCAUCUGACUAUUUUCGGUCGCCGCUUGUCUCCUCAACUGCAAAUCCACGUGUUCAUACCGCUCCACUCACAAUCUCCUUAGCUCCAAUUCUGACCAUUUCUGCUUCCCUUGACAACAAAUAACGUCCCACGGACUUGAGAAUCGAAGUUCGUCCUGGCAGGGUCGCCAAAAUGUUACCCUUGUUUGAUGAGUCCACAAAUAAACCGUAAAACUUCUUUACACUUCACAUGCUUCACAUGUUUAUUUCGUUUCUUUUUCUCUCGUCCCUCGUUCAGCUCGCGCUCUCUUUUCUGAUAACCCGGAUGAAUACGUCAUACACAAGACUCGUUUCCGCUUCCGGUUGUUUUGUUUUUAGUACAAUCUCUACAUGUAACAGUUGGCGUCAGCAUCAUAACUAGAAUAGGUAAGGACGCGGACAUCACGAUUUUGAUGUCUCUGUAAUUUGUCAGAUAAUGUUUUGGCACAGUUACCCCAAACAACACUACAAUAGUCGAAGUGUGAUUGAACUAACCCAUGAUAGAUAUUAUGUAGAGUUGCAGGAGGAACACAGCGACUUAUUCGUUUAAUAGAUCCAAUACCAGAAGAGAUUUUUUUAGAUAUAGCGUUGAUAUGAUUACUCCAUGUUAGAUUUUCAUCAAUUAAUACACCAAGAGACUUGGUAAAAUCGACUCUGUUUAAUCGUGUGCCAUUAAUUUCUAAGUCUGGGAGAACGGAUAGACUAUUCAAUUUUUGUCUUGAUCCGAUUAAAAUAAAUUCAGUUUUAGUCAUAUUGAGAGUCAAUUUAUUGGCAAUGAGCCAAUUGUUUAUAUUUAACAAGUCCUGAUUUAAAGAAGCCUCAAGGGAGCAGAUGUCAUUGUCAGCAUAUGUUAGGUGAGUAUCAUCCGCGUACAUUCUUGGUUGCGAGUUAGAUAAACAAUUAGGUAAGUCAUUAAUGUAUAAGAGAAACAGCAAAGGCCCCAGUAUUGUCCCCUGGGGAAUCCCACAAGUUAAAGUGCAGCUUUUAGAAAGGACGCCAUUGACAGAACAUUUUUGCGUACGAUUUUCUAAGUAAGAAGAAAGCAAUUUGUAGGCAAUUCCUUUGACUCCAUAUAAACAUAGUUUGGAUAAUAGAAUAGAGUGAUCGACUGUGUCAAAUGCCUUUUUUAGAUCUAAAAAGACAACAGCGUUAACAUAGCCACGAUCUAUGUUAAAGGCCCAAUUAUCAGUGGCUUCGAGCAAAGCGGUUACAGUUGAGUGAAAGGAUCGAAAACCAGACUGAUAUUUUGACAAAAUAUUAUUUUCGGAUAAAUAGGAAGAAAGCUGAUUAUAAACUAUUCUCUCGAAGACUUUUGCUAUUGCUGAGAUCACAGAAAUUGGGCGAUAAUUGUUCAUAUCACUUCUAUCGCCCUGCUUGAAUAUAGGCGUAACUUUGGCUAAUUUCCAGUCAUCAGGGAAUGUGCCGGUAGUUAAACAGCAAUUAAAAAUAAUCGAGAUAUAUGGUGAAAUAAGGUCAGCACAUUCACGAAUAAGCCGACUUGAUAGUUUAUCGAGACCAGCUCCUUUAGACUUAUUUAGUUUAUUCAGUAGUUUUAAAACCUGUCCACUAUCAGUAGGGCGGAACUCGAAUCUAUUGUUAAUGCCUUUGACAUAUUUCCGAUGGCAGUGGUCAUUGUUAUUAGAUAAUGGGAUGUCAUUAGCAAGUUUAGGUCCUAUUGAUGAGAAAUGAUCAUUGAAAGCAUUCGACAAGUCGGAUGGUUCAGAUAUAGAAGUACCAUUUAGAUUUAUUUCUCUAAUCGAUUAAUUAGCGGCUGAAUGCUCAGCUUUUCUUUCUCAUGCAACAUACAAAGUGUUCUAUAAAAAAGAUCCCACCUAUUGAGAUUACUACAUCAUGACCAUUUCACUGACAUGCAUCAUCGCUCACCUUAUUAAUUAACAUAAAUUGCAAUAGGUCAAAGUAGUUGACCUGAGCUUUUUACUUUAUUUUAUUUUAUUUUAUGUUGUUGUAUUGAAUCGCUGCUAUAGGUAUUGUAUUUCAUUGUAAACACAACAGUAUUAAAAAUACAUUCAUACAUUCAAAGCCUGAAUCCAAUAUUAAAAAUUUAAAAUUUAAAUACUUCAAAUAUGCCACAAAGCUUGUUUAAGCCCUUUCCUCAUAACCAAUUGGCCACAAAGGCACAAUCUUUUCCACGAAAAUCCUCUAACACCACGUCCCCCAUAGCUCGCCACGCCAAAGAUUUUACAUGAAAUCGAGGGUGCAGUUCAAAUUCCCCACCCCUAAAGCAUGGGGAUCAAAUUCCCCACCCUCUGGAAGACUCUGAUAAUCAAAUUCCCUCCUCCCGGGGACGGCAAAGGUGUCAAAUGCCCGGGGCAUGCGGGGGCAUGUUGAAGCUUCAAUUUGACCGAUACAUUUCUCAGCUGUUGGCUGUCAUAUUUAUAAAAUAUGUAAAAUAAGAUAAGCUUAUGUAGCUUCUAUCUUAUUAAAAACAAAGACUUUUAUCUAGCUGUUUAUUUACAUUAACCGGUAAAAUAUGGAGAGAUAAAAACAAGGUCAGGUGAACAUUUAAUAAGCUUAUACAGUUGAACCUCGAUUAAGCAGCCACCUUUGGGGUACCGCCAAGUGGCCGCUGAAUGGAGGUUAGGCGCACAAUAGAGGUUCGCCAUAAAUAAGCAUAACAUGAGCGUAAUCAGAGCAGAAAUCACUUUAUUUUGAAACAAACAUGCAACAGAGCCGUAUUACUGGUCCAUGAUCAGUCGCCACCUUCUAUCUCGGACUGUAUUUUACUUCAUCAUAUUCUUAAAAUAAAGCCAGACUAAGUGUAUGAUUCGUGUAUCAAGUGCUUGAUGGCCGCUUAACAGAGGUGACUAAAAUGAGAGGACUCUCUUUAGGAUGGCCAAAAGGUGGCUAUGUAUGGUCGCUUAAUAGAGGUUUAAGUUCCCAUUCUUUUCUACAAUUAUUUUGGGAUUUUCAAUUCUGGCCACUUAAUAGAGAGUGGCUGCCUAAUGGAGGUUUCAACUGUAUCAAAAUUACUCUAACGUGACUAUGAAGCUUUAGGAACAAAUUGCCAAACUGAGAGACUGGAGCUAAAGAAUACCAACCUAAAUAUAGAAAUCUUUAUCAGAAAGCCUCAAAAUCAUGUUAGGAUUUUAAUAUAUUGAGGCCCUGUUUAUUUAAAAUUACUCCCAUUCAAAGUAUAUGUAAUGUUUGCAAAAAAGGUAAGAAUUAUUCACUUGAAAACAUCACAUGACCUUUAUUGUAAGCAAUGACAUGACCUGUAUUGUGAAAGCAAUGUAUGCAAGCUAUUAAACAGAUCUACUGAUGAACUUACAAUUCUUACUGUCUUAUAACAGAAGUUGCUUGGAAAGACUGCCGAGGUUGAUGCUGCAAUUAAAGCUGUCAGCACGAAAUUAAGGGAUCUUGACGCUCCUUUACCUCAGUACCUCUUGUCGCGCAGUGUAGCAGGAACAACACAUACUGACCUUAUCAAGGGUCUUGACAAGUUGUCUCAGGGUAAUGUUAUCGGACGUUUUUUUCACAUGUUCCCUGCUCGUGACUUUGACUUGUCAAUCUGGUUAAAGUACUGGCUUAGUAAUGGUGGGAUACCUUUGGCAACACUCAAUUGUCAAAAGGUCUGUUUGUCAGAUGGAACAAUCCCAGAUGCUUGGCAUCACCAAGUUAUUUGUGGUGUUAGCGAGAAUGGUGUACAUCUCAUUAACCCAAAUGAAGUGAUUCCAUUUGGUGUUGUUUCCGAACAGCUCUGUAGUGAUUCAGUGCUUCUUAUUCGUCGUAAUGAUGUGUUGCAAAGAUGGAAUAAUACCCUUGACUACUUGUGUUGGAAUUCAGAGGGAGACAGAUGGAAGGAAUUGAAUGUACAGGAGCAAAUUGAUCUUAUGGUAAAAGAGGAAACUUUACUACUACUCCAUGGUAAUGAGAUCAAAUACAAGGAGCUGUUGAUGACACAUAUCACAAUCCCUGCUGUAUAUAAAUCGGGCAUUACUAUUUUUGUUUUGAGAGAUUCUAAAGCUCACGAGCUUUUAAAGAAUGCUGAUGAGCUACCCUUGCUGGAAACUGCUUGUAACGAUGUUCUUGACAGUGAGAAACAAACUAUGUGCAAUGAGGGGACAUUGAGUGUUAAUGUAUAA